AUAGUUUGAGUUCGAUAACAUUUGCGAUCUUUGUGGUUAAAGUAUGUCCAGGUGAUGAUGAGAUUUAACUGGAGCUUUAGCUAGCUCGGGAAGUAUGUUUGAGUCUCUAUAGAAAUGUCUCGUUUUAGGAUGUUAUCACCGACAACUUAAACAAUUCUUUAUGUUGGGGGGAGAUUAAUCAAAAUUCACGCCCAGUGGUGACCUAGUGGUCAAUGAAAUGGGUUGAGAAACUGAGGUCUCAGGUUCAAAUCCAAAAAGAGACAAAAAAAACUCUAGGUGAUUCUUCUCAUCUGUUCUAGCCCUGAUGGACUGAGUUAUCUGGUAUUUGGUGUUGGUGGGAGGUAUCCCAAAGAAUUAGUUGAGGUGCGCGAAAGCUAGCCCGGACACCGCAGUUAUCCCCCCCAAAAAAAGAUUAAUCAAAAUUCAGAUUUAGGUUGCUUUCUUAAAAAACAACUUAAGUCACAUCUUUAGUGAUUCUUGUGGAUAUUCUUGCAUUUAUUUCAGAUGUAGUUUUACAUUCCCUGUUAUCCCUGGUAGCAAUAACUAGAGUUUUCAAACCUGCUUUCAUUAAUUCAUUUGUCUUUAAUUGAGCCGAGGGUCUUUCUGAAACAACCUCCUUACUUCACAAGGUAGGGGUAAGAUCUGCGUAUACCGCACCCUCCCUGGACUCCACUUGUGGAAUUACACGGAGUAUGUUGUUGUAGCAAUGACUGGACUUCUUUUUCUCACUAUGAAUAGGCUUACGGAUGCCAUGUAACUCAUUUGUUUAUAGCAGUUAGGCAUAUUAGAAAACGUUGUAGCAUUCGAGUGUCUUCGCUUGCAUCAUGGUUGUACCAUCUAUCGUAGGUUUUUGUUAUCUAUUGAUAGGCUCUGCCUUAUAAUUGGGUACGACUUGGACUAAAAGCUUUCAGGUACUGUCAAUACGAGCAAGAAUCUGACUAUUCUAAGCCUACUUGCCUUUAAAGUUUCAAGUUGAUGAUUGACCUUCUAAGUACUUCUCUCAUUGUUAAACCCGCUAGUUGGUAGUGUGUGAUGGAUAUUUUAGGUGGCCGGUGCCAUCUUUUGGCAUCAAUCAUGAGUUGGCAACUAAAUCUCAUUUGCAAGUUGAUAAAGUGAAAAAGAUUGGUAUCUUUGUUCGUGCUUUUUAAUGCCAUUGGAAUUUAACAUCACUUAGUUUGGUGCAUGUCCAUUUCACAUUUCUCUCUGCAUGGUUUGGUUUUCUGUCUUUGCUAAGGAUGAAAAGCCAUAUCAGAAAAUCAUCUGCACGUCUUUAUGCUUUAAAGCAGGUUCACCUGUUGUUUGAUCUUAUCUAUAUGUCAUCUGAAACUUUAGCAAACCUUGACUUCAUUUGGAAAUCUGACGACUGGUUUCUUCUUUUGAUUAAAUUUUUAUUAAGGUAUGUCAGUGGUGUCACCUUUUUUUUCAUUCACAAUCUGAAAGGCUUAUAAAAAAAAACGAGUGAGGAUCCUCAAGAAAUAAAAUAAAAAGAUGAGCAAAUCUAUUGGUCCCCUUAGUUAGAAAAGGACGAUUAUCCAGUCAAAAGUAUCUACAAAUUCACUUGAUUCCUCGUGCAUAAUGCCUAAUUAUGCGUUGGAGACGCGCAGCAGGAUAUUAUGUGGUGCCCAACCCCACCCUUCAGUUAUAAGGCUGGAUAUUUGUACAUAAAGCCAGGAUUGAUAUUUUAAAAUGGAACAGUAUUCCAUCAACCUUUUAUUUUCAGAAAAGAAAGACAACAAAAGCAAAUCGUAAUCUUACGCGUAGUUGGGGACACGUGUUGCCAUUUGGCAUAUUAAUGAAUCCAAUAUUUUUAACGUGAAAAUGUAUUAUGAUAUUUUAAUAAAUGUCAGAUUUAAACUUAUACUUAUUUUUAUUAGUAUAAAUACUAUAAAUUUAAAGAUUAUCGAAUUUUGCAAGUAAAGCACAUGUGGAGCCGAUGGAGUUAUUUCUUUCUAAAGUAGAGGCCUUAAUUUUGAGUGCCGCCUAUGAAAAUUUUGGAUUAGGAUAUACAUGGUGCAAACUCGGACUAAUUUGUGUAUGAAAAUUUUGGAUUAAUAUAGAGCGGGCUAUACAUGGUGCAAACUCGGACUAAUUUACAAUGGGGUAUAUAUUUUUAAAUUCGAAUUAAUCUGACUCCAAUACGAGUAUAAAUAUAAAAAAUUGCAAGUAAAGCCACUGGCCCACGGCUGGAGUGGUGACAGCCGAUUAGCGUUAGCUGUACAAACGCUCUAGUGAAGACUGAAGUCUCCUGAAGCCGGUCAGAUAUCUCCAAAAUUGCACUCAAAGUGACCGGUAACCCCGAUCUUAUUCUAAACCGGUAAUUCCCGGUGCCAGUCACCCCUUAACAGUUACAGCUUCUCACAGGGCCAGAUAGGACAACCCUACCACAGCCCCACUAUAACGUGGAUUUUGUCUCUAUAUAAUAAUAAAAUCCUGAAUUCAGUGCCGCUGUAUUUAUCUCUCUCUGCAUAAAAUUCACACAUUUUGGCUAUGGAGGUACCUGAAUCUUCACACACAUAUACAAUGCCAAGUGAUGAUACAUCAGAGAAGCUAUUCCAAAAACGGCGCUGCUGUUCCUUCUUCCCGUCGUCAGGAGGCGUUAGCUUGAAAUGGUGGCGUAAGAAGGAAGGUUCUGUAUGGGCUAAAGGGAUUAACGCUCUUAAAAAGCUACGAGAAUGGUCGGAGAUUGUUGCAGGACCGAGAUGGAAGACUUUCAUUCGGCGAUUCAAUCGGAAUAAAAAUGGUACGCAGGGGAAAUUCCAGUAUGAUCCUUUGAGCUAUGCGUUGAACUUUGAUGAAGGUAAUAAUGGAGAGGAGGACAAUGAGUACGGCCUUCGGGAUUUCUCCACGAGAUAUGCUUCUAUUCCGGCGUCGGCUAGAGGGUCCGUUGAUUUGGGUAAGGAUGGGUCUAACUUUGUAUGAUUGCUAUUUCGUUCCAACGCUUCAAAAAUAUUAAUGUAUUUUUGGAGAAUUCGGCACGGGCAACUUAGCUGCCAACUGUCAAUAGGCCACAACGAUUUCAGUGGUGGACAACUGGAGAUGGAUGAAACAAACAGUUCAUAGCUGGUCUUUUUUUCACUAUUCGUAAUGUAUAAUCAAUUGAUAUAUAUACAUAUACUGGUAGUAUAUUUUAGUGUUAGUUUUAUAUGUACAUUUCACUUGGGUAAUGAAUUGGUCAGUCUGUGCAUAAAUAAAGAUUUGAAUGAUAAACAAGGAUUAAUUGGAGGAACA